GUGGUCUGGCCGUGGUAUUCUCUGUAUGAAACUUUAAACCAGGGUUUUUCAGCGAUGGAGGCAAAGGUAUUUAUGAUUACAUGUCCACUUAUGACAUCUCUAGCUUCAGCUCUCACAAGGACACAAUUAGCUCCAAAUCCAAGCCCUUCAGCAUUCAGAACGAAAUUUCAACAUCGAUCAGUGCUGCGGAAAAACAAGAACACGGAGGAGCAAGAAUUGUAUGGGCUUCCCAAAGAGUAUUACGACGAUGAAUGGCAAGCCCAACAAAGGGAAAAAACUAAGGAAUUGCAUCGGAGACGUCAAGAAGAGGAUGAAGAAGAGGAGAGAAAGGUUGAAGAAUACCGUGAAAUUGGUUCAAGAUUAAUGGAAUAUCCCGAGGAAGAAGUCCGAAAAGCAAGGCUAUUGGUUUCAAGCUUCAUUAAAGCUGCUGAGGAAGUGGAAGAGAAAAUAGAGGAAGCUGCGGAAAAAGGUGAACUCACAGAACUUGUGUUAAGGGUCAUAUGGAACCGCCUCGAUCUAGCGCGACGUGAUGAUGAAAAGGAUGCCAUUAGAAGCCUAGACCUUUUGUACAGAAGGAUUGAGACAGAGAUUUUGAAACGGGAGGCUACUCCUGCAAUGAAACUGCUUAAUGAUCUUUUGAAUCUGCACGAUGGAUUUGAUGAUGAAGGAUGGUUAAAGCAGUGUAGGAAGCGCAUGCUUGAUACCUUUCCACAGGAGGAUCCAUUCAGUAUACUUGUUCCUAUGGGUUUUGAUAUUGAUAAGCAUCAUGGCCAACUGCGACUACCACCAGAGACUGAUGACAUGUUAUUGAGGGUGGACUUUGCCAGAGAGGUUGAUGCACUGCUACAGGAGGUUCGAUCUGAACCAAGUUUAGAAGAGAUGACACAAGGGCUUGAUCCAGAUUCUGUUGCAGGUAGGUUGAAGCAACAGGAGAGGCAAAGAACCAUACGCCAAGUAGAAGCCUUAUUAGACCUUGCAGUGACUUUGAAGUGGUAGUACUGCUUAAUUUGACUUCUGCCUGUUUCCUGUCAUAAUUCACAAAGCAAAGAUGAGUAUAUUUGCUGGAACUUCUUC